AGUUACUCCCGAGGUGCGGGGAUGCAGGCCUGUCUGACCAUGAUGCCUCUACACGGCCCCAGUCCUGAGAGAGGGAGCGGGGGUUUUGAAGUCACCGCCACACAGGAUACCUUCGCACCUGGUGACAUCGUACCAGUGACAAUAAGCGGGAUCAGGCCGUUCAAGGGCUUCUUACUCCAGGCCAGAACACCGAGAGAUGACACCAUCGUGGGUACCUUCGAGCCGCCUCCAGAGGGCGUUCGGUAUCUGGCAGAGUGUGGAGACAGGAACAGUGUCACCCACUCCAAUCCCAACCUCAAGUCCUCUGUCACCGUGUUCUGGAGGGCGCCACGGUCGGGGCUGCUGAGGAGUAUACGGUUCUACGUAACAGUGGUAGAGUCAUUUAGCCAGAUCUACCGUAAACUAACUUCAGAGAUCGUCAUAUCAGAGUUGGACGUUGUUCAAGCGGAGUACGGACCCUGGGGCCCGUGGUCCACGUGUUCAGCUUCGUGUGGUCCCGGCAUCGAGCAGAGGACUCGGGUAUGUCCGGGUAACGCCGUGUGUGCCGGAACUCCGAACGAGAUUAGAAGCUGUAACCUGGUAAACUGCGGAGAGUUAAACUACGGUCCAUGGUCAGUAUGGGGGCCCUGCACGGCCACAUGUGGGUACGGGAUGCAGGACAGGACCAGAGAGUGCAACAGUCCCUUCGGCUGUGCUGGCCUCGCCACGGAAACCAGACAGUGCACGCUAUUAGACUGUCCCACCAUUGUUACCGUGAACUGGAACCCGUGGUCGUCAUUUUCACCCUGUUCUGCUACCUGCGGCACUGGGACCCGAUACAGGAGUAGAAACUGCCCGCUAGAUGGCGCUUGUAUAGGGGGCGAGGCAAGAGAGACGAUUCCAUGCGAUGCUGGCGCCUGUCCUGUGAAUUGGAACCAGUGGUCGCCAUUUUCGAGUUGCUCAGCAACUUGCGGUAGCGGGGUCAUCUUCAGAUCUCGAACUUGCCCGAUAGAUGGCGCUUGUAUAGGGGGUGCGGCACGGGAGGAGAGGACGUGUGACGCUGGACCGUGUCCGGUUUUCUGGGGCGAGUGGGGGCCAUUUACUGCUUGUUCGUCUAGCUGCGGGGCAGGUGUGCAGACGAGAAAACGAACUUGUCCGAUAGAGGGCAGUUGUGUAGGAGGAGCCGCGGAGGAAGAACAGCAGUGUGAUGCAGGAGAAUGUCCUCUCCUAUGGGGGCCCUGGUCAACGUAUUCUCCCUGCUCGGCAACCUGCGGCGUUGGUAUGCACUUCCGGCAGCGAAAAUGCUCGAUAGAUGGCGCUUGCCCCAUGGGGUCUGCUGUUGAACAGAUGCAGUGUUAUGCCGGAGAUUGUCCUGACAUUUACUCUCCCUGGACGCCGUGGGGUGAUUGUUCUCGCUCAUGUGGACAGGGAAUGCAGGAACGCAGCCGCUUCUGUACUGGACGCUGCUUUGAACCGACUAAAGAAACCCGAGAGUGCGUGCUGGCUAUCUGUGAAGUCCCUGUAUGGACACAGUGGUCAACCUACAGUCCGUGCAGCGCCACCUGUGACAAUGGCGGCGGUCAGGGUGUCCAGGAAAGGACCCGGAUCUGUCCGUCUAAUGACCCCACACAGUGUCCAGGAGUUGGUAAAGAGACCAGGGACUGCUUCAUUGCCUGUGACACUGCGUCGUGGGCCAACUGGCUGGAAUGGGGUCAGUGUUCAGUGACCUGUGGUCAAGGCGUCCAGGAGAGACAGAGAUUCUGUGCACGUGCUUUCCCGACCCUCACCUGUCCUGGGGAGGACAAAGAAACGAGAACCUGUUCCGCCGGACUGUGUCCGUCCACUCCAGUGCCAGAAUGGACGCAGUGGUCAACCUACAGUCCGUGCAGCGCCACCUGUGAGAAUGGCGGCGGUCAGGGUGUCCAGGAGAGGACCCGGUUCUGUACUUCCAAUGACCUCACCCAGUGUCCAGGAGUCGGCAGAGAGACCAGGGACUGCUUCAUUGCCUGUGACACUGCGUCGUGGGCCAACUGGCUGGAGUGGGGUCAGUGUUCAGUUACCUGUGGUCAGGGCAUCCAGGAGAGAAAGAGAUUCUGUGCACGUGCUUUCCCCACCCUCACCUGUCCUGGGGAUGACAAACAAACGAGAACCUGCUCUGCCGGACUGUGUCCCUCUCAGUACACGCAGUGGGGUGUUUGGGGACAGUGCUCCGUCACUUGUGGGGACGGCAUACAGAGAAGAAACCGGAUAUGUCUAGGGGGCGCAUGCGCAGAUCCUACAACAGAGACGAGGGCCUGCAGCAUUAUUUGUGAAGUCACGCCCCCAGUGAUAGUCCAGUGGUCAGCAUGGGCUUUCACCAGCGACUGCUCCGUGUCCUGCGGAACUGGACGGAGGACAAGGUCAAGGACGUGCCCAGUGCCCGGAGGUUGCCUGGGGUCAAACCUGGACUAUCUGGAAUGUGUUCAGAAACCAUGUCAAGGUGAAGGUCAAGGCCAAGGUCCAGAUAAAGAUUACGACAAGACAGCGGACAGUAAAAUCUCACGCUGCUUUGACUGCAACAGUGGUUGGGAUGUAUGUGCUCCGAAAGGAGUGACGAAUCCGGACUUGGUAGGCGAGACUCCUUGCCCCCUUACGGGCACCUGUUUUAUGAGACGUGACAGAAACGGGGACGUGUACCGCGGCUGCGCAGACGGCUGGGACUACCUGGUAGAUCACGUGGUAGAGGAAGGGGGCGUGGUCUGCUCUAACAGCCACUCCAUGGGCUACGGCAGCUUCGUGGACAGGUGGUGCCUCUGCAAGGGAAACCGCUGCAACGGCGGGGAAAUGCCGCCAGUAUAAUGUGUUCUGAUUAUGUGGUUAACUAUCCGGGGCUUAACUUUAUCACUAGAUCUGAAUACGUAGAUGUGCCACAGGUUAGACAGCAGUAUAUUUAAUGUUUAUUUAUUUUUUCCCACUGGAAAUUGAUAUAGAAACUAUUGUUAAAAUUCCGGAUCAUUCACAAUCAGUGCAAUGGCAUCUCGUCACUUUAUUUAUUUCAUGUAGAACACGUUUAUUAUAGUAGAGGAGAAAAUUAAUUAUAGGAUAUUUGAUUUUGGCUUCGGGUUGUGCUGGUUUCAACUCCAGGGCCGACUGAGGGAUUGGAGAGUAGCUGGGAAAAGGGAUGAGGAGUAAACGGGAUAGUGGGUUUGAGAGUAGACGGAUUUAAGGUUGGAGAUUAGACACGAUAGGGGUUGGAGAGUAGACAGGAUGGGGUUGGAGACUAGGCUGGAUGGGUGUUUGAGAGUACAAGUAAGUUAGACACUACAAGCUCGAUAUCGACAGGAGAAGCUGUAUUUAGAAUAUUUCACUAUUUUCUAACUUUUGAUAAGCACGUGUAAAUUAACCUGAUGUAAGAAAAUACGACAGUAAAAUAAAACUUUUGUUGAUA